UGUCGUUUCACUCGCUUUCCUUUCCACAAAGCAGGUCCCUCGUCCCCUUACAACCUCACAGAAUCCAAAAGCGCCGUUACCCACCUGAACCGAGACCCAUCGUCCCAUCUGCUGCUCACGGCUUGGCUCCAUCUCCAUCGCCCCCACAUCAGUCGGCCAGUAGCUCCUCACUUUCGCAGCCUCUCUCCUCUCCAAAGCCGACGCCUCCAUCAUUUCACCAUCAAACCAGUUCCUUCAUCUCCACUCUUCCUCUUCACUAAGUCACCAAAUAGAUCAUCUCCUUCAUCCACAGCUUAUCUUCUUCCCACGAAAACCGAGCUCCAGGUCUCCCUUUUCCCCACCAGACAUCACUUCCAUUUUUUUCAAGUCUCACGGCCAUUAUGAUUCGUCCACACAUUGCCAAUCUAUCGAUUCCUCCAUUUGCAGACCCAUUUCACUGACAGCUCAGCUCUCUCGGAGACGCACUGCAUUUGGACCGCCCAUUCUUGUCGCGCGUCUCAGCCAUUAUUUUCCACCGCCUCGGAUAAGAGUCACAACCCAGCUGCCCUACUCUGAUUCGUGUGGUGCAGGUGUAAUGUGUUGCAUGUCAUCAUGUAAAUUCACAAUAUAAAUAAUGGUUGAGUUCUCGAAUCGAAGAUUUACUUACACGCACGAUCAUAAAUGGCCUUCCGAAGAAAUUGAUGUUCACCAUAUUAUAGUUCGGAAGAGAAAUACAAAGGGUUUCCUUGUAUGCAUCUCAGCUUUUGUUCUUUUAGUAAAUGGCCUUCUUCUCUUUCUAGUCAAGGACAUAUCAGUCGGCAUUCUUUCCUGGAGCUUUUUUCUAACUGCAAUUCUCAUCAAAUUAAUGUUUUGGAAGUCUGUUGUAAAAGAGUCUGUUGUGGUUAUGCCAGCUUUUGGGGUCCAACUUGAAACACAUUAUGUAAGUGGAAGAAUUGCCCGCCGAUUUGUUCCCAUCGGUAAGAUUUUGAAACCUGUGCUUCUAGAAUGUGUGACUCCAAUUACUUGUUACUGGAGCCUAUCUCUUAUUUUGCGUGGGGAAGCAGAUUUAAUGCUGGUUUUUAAGGAAUUGCAUCCACCUAUGAAGAUGUUGGUUCCUAUCUGGAAGGCCUUGUGUAUUGCUUGUGGCAGUGAAGAAAGUUCAGACACCUCUAUAAAAGAUGGCUAACAGUAUUGAAGAUUUAAGAAGUGAUGACGUUUAUCUCAUUUACUGAGCAAUUCCUAAUCAUUUAUUGAUAUAUUUCACCGUUGUAUAGGCAAUUUUUUCACUGGACAUCUGUUAGCUGCAGCUCCAAGAGCAGUAGAUUAGGAAUUGGCUUGCUUCUUCAACUGCAAUUAAGUGCUUAUUUAAUUUUAGUUGAGGCAGCAAAGAGUGAGGUUUUGAAAUUGAAAGUUUGGGAGACAUUUAGAUUUCUAAAUUUUGGGGUCCAGAACAUGUACAAACAUCAUCAGUUGGUGUAAACUUGAUUCGCACUCUUCUGCAGUGGUAAAUUGGCAUGUUCAAGAACUACGAAGUGGAUAGAGACAAGGAAGAUAAAGAUUGACAGUGAAAGUAGAAAGCAUUACCAAAUUAGUACUUAUUACAACAUGAGAGUGUGUAUGCCUAUGCUUUAUGCCACCAGGAAGUUACUGAUCUUGGCUGCUACUUGAUCAAAUCGUACGUAGAACCAAAGCAAAUUCAUUGUGUUUAGCCUUAGUGUCCCAACAUUCCAUUAUUGGAAAGACGUUUUGAGCUGGUCAUGUAGAAUGAAGCAAGCUUAUGAUGGAAUUUAUCUGAUCUAGAGCAAUGAUGCAGCAACCUAUUCUCUAUUUCGAACUACGAAUGAAUCAGAAUAGAGCUCCACAAAUCCAUGAAAAUGGCGGGUCGUCCUUCUUGCAGAAUGGUUUGUUCCGGAAGCAUAAUUGUGCCCUUGGUGUUGCAUUAAUGGACAAAGAUGAUGAAUUUGUCCUAACAAGGUUAACAUUCGAUAGACCCACCGAUCAGGCAGCACCAGUCCUCAUAACAAAGAAACCAUGCUUUAAUGAUCCCCCCACUCCACCAAGUGUGGCUGAGAGAUGCAUAAACGUUGGUGGGGAAAUUUGUGGACAUCUUCCAUCAAUCUUGCAAAUGCAAGAGUUGGUUCCAUUUGUGAGAAUGAGUGUGCUCUGUGAUUGAAUGUGACAUGAACUACUAGUACUUAGAAUGAAAUAUGGCAGUCUUGAUCAAUCAAGGCUCAACCAGGGAAGGAGAUGAACCUUCUCUUUGAAGAGCUUUUAUUACUUUAAUAUGCUUUUUUAUUCCUUUCAA